ACUGACCAAUUACAAAAAACCUCGGGCCUCUGUUUUCAUCCAAUUGGCUGUGACUUGUCUCUGCUUGAAAACAUGUCGCCGAUGAAGCUGUGUGUUCCAGGUGAAAGGCUGUGCAGUACUGAAGAUUGCAUACCCGGUACGGGCACGUACCUACGACAUGGUUAUAUCUUCGCCUCUCUUGCGGGCUACGUGCUGAGAAAAAACGAAGGGGAGGAGCUACCCGUCAUGUCGGUUGUAAAGGAGACGGAGACGCAGUUAUUACCUGACGUUGGUGCUAUAGUAACCUGCAAGGUGACGAGUAUCAACCCCAGGUUUGCCAAGGUUCACAUCCUCUAUGUUGGCUCCACACCACUAAAGGACCGGUUCAGGGGAACCAUAAGGAAAGAAGAUGUAAGAGCAACAGAAAAAGACAAGGUUGAAACCUACAAAUCCUUCCGACCUGGUGACAUCGUCCUUGCUAAAGUGAUCUCCCUCGGUGAUGUGCAGUCCAAUUAUCUCUUGACGACGGCAGAAAAUGAGCUUGGUGUUGUGGUGGCCCACAGUGAAGCAGGUGCUCAGAUGGUGCCCGUCAGCUGGUGUGAGAUGCAGUGUCCCCGCACCCACGCAAAGGAGUUCCGCAAGGUGGCGCGGGUGCAGCCCGAGUACCUCCAGGCGUGAACAGCGCCCGCACGCCCUGCAGCUCGCCAGGAACACACAGCUUCCCUCGUAAACACAACCGUGCACACCAUGAGGCCCAUGUCCAAAGGGUUCCGUGCAUCAGAUCUCGUUUGAAACUAAACGACUACAAUGUUCUUUUGCUAUGAUGAAACAGACCAUGAAGACUUCCAAGGCAGAACCAGCAACCAGAACAGGAUUUUGAAGUAAAAGGAAAAGGACUUUUUCAAGUGAAAGGUCAACAUGGCGGCAAAGUUUUCUUGUUUAAGCCUUGAGCGUGAUCUAGAGAUUGGGAACAUUUCUUUCUAUCAUUUCUUUCUUUUUCCUCUUCUUGUUCUUACUAUUUCAGAGCUUCUCUUUUCUAUGUAUUUCCUAAGAGGUCAUGUGCUCUUUGGUAACAAAUAAAUGGAUGGAUGUCCCAACAAA